AAAAAACCUAAUAUUGUUGUUACAUGUUAUCAAUAAUUAUUUUUUUUAGAAUGAGGACGUAGAAAUGUCUUUCCCCCAGGGAUAUCAUCGAGUCUAUCAGCAGGAAUUCAUUGAAGUAAUACAACAAUGUAAUUUCUUGCCGUUUCAAAACUAUCAAUAUCCCCGAUAUGAGUAUUCGGCUGAACAGAAUAAAUUAGAUUACAGGCCUCUGACCAAUCUACCAUUUUUUUCUCAAUGUUAUGGCGAAUUUCAAGUACCUCAACAAAUAAAUUUGUUAGAUUACAAUAAUUUUAGAAGUCACAGAAAUUUUGAGUCCACAAAUAAAUUGGAGAUUACAGAAUAUUUUGAUUCUGAUGAAGAAAAUAAAGAAGGAAGUAAUGUCGGUGUGAGACAAAGUAAUGUUCAACAUAAAACUACUCAAGCCAAGGUUCGUGGUAAUUCCGACUAUAAGCAACUUCCUCCUAAUCAAUGUGAUUCUGAACAACCACAAUGUCAAUUGGAUGUGCAAUCUCAAAGCCAACUUGGACAACUUAUAUCUGAGAUCUCCAAUAAGACAAAUAAUAACCAUUGGAAAAUAGUCUCUACUCAUUCGAAUUCCGAAGAACGAGAUGUUCAUCAAUUCUAUGAAAAUACUUGUAGUAAUAGUACACAGGAAUCCCAGCAUUUCAAUAAAGACAAUCAAUUAGAGCCUCGAGUCGUUCAGAGUCAAAACAUUUACCCAGGCCAAGAACUAACCGAAACUAUUCAGAGGAAUAAUCAAGUCAAGUCAUACAACAAUGCAGAACAAGGAUGUCAGGAAUUAUCUCAGAUAGCACAAUUUGUCAAAAACAACUGUAAUAUACAUGACGUGAAGUUUGGAAAACUUAAGUCCUUAAAUGGACGGCUGUACCGCACUGGAAGUUUACUUAUUAAUUUUGGAGAUCAUUAUAAGGUUCAAGUCAUAGGCGACGUAAUUCUCAAUAGUAUCGAUGAAAAUACUGCCUUUGAUGCCUUUUUCAGUCCAAGUCCACGCUAUCAAUUUUAAGGAAAAAAAUAGACUAAAUUAAUUUGAGUGCAUAGGUUAGGACAAUUUGAACCAAUAUUGGAGUUAACUUGCAAGAAAGAAGGUUCUAUCCUCAACUAGACGAUUUGAAUUUUGAAUGUCAAACUCCCUCAGACAAAAUAUUCGAAAGAAACAUUCUUGGAACAUAAAACAAAAAUCAAAUGAAACCGAAAUCCCAAAAAAUAAAAAUACCAAAUACUGAUUGCGUCCAAUUUGAUAAUUAGCUUAUAUAAUUUCAAUGCUGAUAUCGACAAAAAUUACAAUUAAAACUUUGACAAUUAGAAAUUGAAGAAAAAACCAUCAAAAUCCAAGAAAAAAGUAAAAUAGAUUUUAUAAGAACAUAAUAUUAUUGCAAAUACAAAAAUUAUAACAUUUAUAAAAAAAAUAUUCUUUUAAAGAUUAGAUUAAAAGUCAUACGUAAAACAAUUUUCUGUAAGAACCCUGCUAUUAAUGUAACAGGAUGAUGUGUAUUGUAAAAUGAAUAAAGUAAAAU